GGAACUGGAAGGCCUAGUGCCUCAGCAAAUCAAGAAAUGAAACUGUCUCCAACCUCUUACAGGGGCCCAUAGGUUAGAUCUGUCCGGGAUCUUGUAUUCGGAGCGCCCGUUGGAGGAGGGAAUGGAAUUUUUUGGUUGAUAACUUGAGAUUUAUAGCGGUGCAGCACAAAUCCAGAUCAAGCAGAUCUCAUCAGUUUCUCUGCAACCAUUUACAGAAAGAUCAUCGGUUGGAGGAUGUGUAUGUGAAGCUGGGAGAGAAAUGGUGACUUCCAAGGACGAAUUCGCCACUGAUAGCGACCAUUCCUCCGGCGACGUCCCGGCCUCGAAUUCCAGUCUCUACUCUGAAGGGGAAAAGGUCCUCGCUUACCAUGGCCCCCGCAUCUACAAAGCUAAGGUCCAAAAAUCUGAGCUUAGGGAGAAUGAAUGGAGAUAUUUUGUUCAUUACUUGGGUUGGAACAAGAAGUAAGUAAAUCACAUCUAACUUGGAAGGGUUUUCAGUUUUUGGUUCUGCAACAGUCUCUAGACUACCAUUUUGGUUAUGAUUUUAAAGUUGGGAUGAGUGGGUAGGCACUGACCGUUUGAUGAAAUUUACUGACGAGAAUAUCAUGAAGCAGCAGGAACUUGACAAGAAACAAGGAGUGGAAAAGAAUCCAAAAUUAGGACGUUCAUCGCAAACAAAACCUAGAAACUUAGCUGAUCUGAGAGUUGAGAAAGAUGAUACAAAAAACAAUGAUCUGAACGUGGAUAAAGAGGAAACAAAGACCAAUGUUUCCAAAGGGAAAAAGAGAAAGGCUGAUUCAGCAGCAGAGGACAAUGCAGCUACCGAGAAGCACAUCAAGAUUCAAAUUCCAUCAACUUUAAAGAAGCAACUUGUUGAUGACUGGGAGUUUAUCAGUAAGAAGAAUCUGCUUGUAAAGCUUCCACGGUCUCCCAGUGUUGAUAAUAUACUGACAAAGUAUCUUGAACUCCGGUCAAAAAAGGAUGUCACGAUGGCGGACUCAGUCGGAGAAAUUCUCAAUGGCAUAAGGUCAUAUUUUGACAAAGCAUUGCCCGUUAUACUCUUGUACAAAAAGGAGCGCCAACAAUAUCACGACGUACUCUCAGAUAAAAAUGUCUCUCCAUCUAGUGUAUACGGUGCCGAACAUCUGUUGCGCCUAUUUGUCAAGUUGCCUGAGCUACUUGCUUGUGUGAAGAUGGAAGAGGAGACAUUAACUAGCUUGCAGCAGAUAUUGCUGGAUUUCCUCAAAUUUCUGCAGAAGAAUCAGAAUACUUACUUCCUCUCUUCUUAUGGAGGAAGUAGCAAGGGUAAAGAUAGUUGAGUGGCUAAUGAAUGGUUUUCUGAUCCUCCUGGCCAAUGGCCAUAGCCGCCCCAUAAUUCCCCAUUUGUUGUAAAAUGUUACUUAGCUUAGCAAAAUGCUGUCUGCCUCUUGUCUGAAUCUUUGCUGCAGCCUAUUCUUGUGUUCAGUAAUACAAAUUACAAACAUUCACAAACCAUAAUCAAUUUGCACAUUUCAA